AUGCUCCGCUCGAUGCUCACUGAGCUCCGACGCUCGUCUCAACUGCAAUGGACACUGUUUUCAGUGGUUGUGAAUAUGUCAUUAACUCUGGCAAUUUGGAUUGGAAUCUAUCAUAUGGAAGUGAAUUCUGAGCUCAGUAAAAUGUACUUUUUGGAUGAUUCGUUCAAUUGGACAACCGGGAAUCCGGCGUUAGAUGGAUUGAUCAACGGCUUCUGUACCAUCCUGGUUCUCGGUUGUGUCUCUUUCGUGAUGCUUGCUUUCGUUCUUUACGAUUUCCGUCGAAUCGUCAAAUCAUGGCUCACAUUUUCGUGUCUUCUGAUCCUUUUCGGUGUUUCUGGACAGACGAUUUAUGAUUUAUUUUCUCAGAUUUUUGAUCAAAAUGAUGAGAAUCAAUUCAUUUUGACAGUGGCAUUGACUGUAAUUCCAACAGUUGUCUAUGGAUGUUUGGGCAUUUAUGCAUUCCUUGCCAACGGAUCACUCCUACUUCAUCAAUUUUUCGUCGUCUCCAACUGUUCAUUGAUCGCAGUUUUCUAUCUCCGAGCAUUUCCAAAACACACGACUUGGUUUGUCCUGUGGACUGUUCUUUUUUGGGACUUGUUCGCAGUUCUCGCCCCAAUGGGACCACUCAAAAAAGUCCAAGAAAAAGCGUCCGACUACAGUAAUAACAUUCUGAAAAUCCUCAUGUUUGCCGCAGAAGACAAACGAGAGAGUGCUGGAAUGGAUAUGGCGCAGGAUUCUCAGGAAAAUUUGAAUGACGAAAGAAAACUUCGAAAAGAUGUAAAGGAAUUGAUUCAGUUGUAUUCGAAACAGGAUGAAAAGGAUGACGAAUUCCUACAAAAAAUCCGACAGAGAAGGAAUGCGAUUAAUCCGGAUUCAGGAAGCACUGCGCAUAGUCCCAUGGUGACCACCGAACCAUCGCCAAUUGUCCUGAAAGAGAAGAACAGCGAUGAAGAGUUAUUCGAUAAUGAAUCUGAUACAACAGAAUCAUCUUCUGAAUCCUCAACGUCAUCUGAAUCUGUGUUCUCAUCAUCUGAUGUUAGUACUGCUGCCGAAUGUGCUCCAGAAGAGUGGAAUGAGUUGAUUCAUCAACAAAACGAAUUUGAUCAGAACGAUGCUACAGUAACUGCUGCUGACGCUUUGAAUGAUGGAGUCAAAUCGAAAAAUUCUGGAAGACUGUUUUCUGAGAUAUGCCGAUUUCCAGAAACUGUUCGUCUUGGAUUCGGAGACUUUGUUUUCUAUAGCCUUCUAAUUGGACAAGCAGCCACUGGUGGAUGCCCGAUUUCUGUUGGAUUCGCCGCUUUUGGAAUUCUUUUUGGUCUUAUUGCAACCCUUACUGUACUUUCUAGCGAAGAGUCCACGACUCCUGCUUUGCCAUUACCUGUCAUCUGUGGAACUUUUUGCUAUUUCGUUUCCAGAUUUUUGGUCGAUUCGAUUCAGGAAUUUUGGGUCUAG